GCCAAGUACGCCGACAUGAUUCGCCAUGACGAGUCGAUGGAAGAGCGGUUGCGUCAGGCGCAGUUUGAGGCGGAGAAUAUGCGGAAGAAAGCGGCUGAGGCGAUGGCCGAGGCGGCCGAGGUUAACGCGCAGUAUGAGGCGCUGCAACAGCGCGCAUGGCAGCUGCAGGUUGCAUUGCAAGCUAAGCACGGUGAGAAGGAGGAUGUGCUGCGGGAGCUCGUGGAGGUAACGCAUGGCGCAGCCGCGAGGAGAGGCGCGGCCGCGGCGGUGGGGUCGGCGUCCGUGAAACAGCGCGCCGAGGGAACCCACGAAACAGCGAUUAGCUUUAAAGCUAAGCGAACAAAUGAUAAGUAG